AUGUCCUGCCGUGAUUUGGUUUGGGCCAUAACCGAGCCCCUUUCGAACCGAGUGAUUGUUGACAUCGGCGCCAGUACUGGGCCUGAAAAGUUUGUUCGGUCAGAUUCCUUCUCUGUCUCCCACAACACAAAAAAGCAGACCUCCACUCGAAUAGCAAAUCAACAUGCCUCCUUAUAUCUGCCAGACCCACAUGGAGAAUUUCUUCUGUACUGGAUCGUUUGUAAAGCACCUGAAGAGACAACACGGCCUACAUCGCCUGCGACUUCCAGUUACAUGCACCCAGAUGGGCUGCGCCGAGACCUUUAG